AUGUCAUUUUGGAGAGCUCCUUCACGGUAUUUCUUCUCCCGAUUUCCUUUGUUUUCUGCGGCUUCUACGUCUUCCUUCCUUCUUCCUCCCUCACAUGCCCCGACUCUCCGUUUCUGUUUCCAUUCCAAUUCGACAAAUCCUCAGAAUAUUGAAGAGGCCGUCUCUUCUUUUAAUCGCUUGCUUCAUGUGCGCCCCCGAACCUCGAUGAUACAAAUUAAUAAGAUCUUAGGAGCUCUUACAAAGUUGAAACAUCAUCGAACAGUUAUCUCCCUUUUUGCACAAUCGGAAUCUAAGGGAUUCACGCCAACUCUGGUAACGCUGAACAUCUUGAUUAAUAGUUACUGCCAUUUGGGUCAAAUGGCUUCUGCUUUCUCUGCCUUAGGCAAGAUUCUUAAGAUGGGCUGUCAGCCAGAUACGAUUUCUUUGAACACACUGAUGAAGGGCCUUUGCAUCAAUAAUGACGUUGGAAAGGCCUUGGAUUUUCAUGACGAUCUGGUAGCAAAAGGAUUUCAGUUAAAUGCAAUUAGCUAUGGCACACUGAUCAAUGGACUAUGUAAGACUGGAAAAACAAGAGCUGCCAUUAAAUUCCUCAUAAAAAUGGCGAGAGGGCCAGUUAAGCCUAACUUAGUUAUGUAUAGUACGAUUAUUGAUGGCUUUUGCAGGAAAGACUCAUAA